GAGAUCAAACCGAAAAUGGUAUUCACAACAAAAACAAUUAUGGAUAAUAUCAGGAUAUGUUAUUUAAUGUCGAAAUGACUAAGAGCCAAGGGAGGUAACCACUGGAAGCGUAACGUGAAUCCUCACGUGGUUUAAUAAUGUGAAAUGUGGCGAUUUCCGGAAGUUGCCGAAUGGGAAUCUUGGUUUUGAUUGGCUACGAUUGAUCCGAGUGAAAACGGGAAAGAAACGCCAUUUUCUUCACAUGAUGACAUGUGCACACGGCACCAAUGUUUAUACGGCCAUGAGGCCAAGGCUUGCAGGAUGUACAAAGGUUUGCCUCGUUUGUCUGCUGAUGAUUGGGUUGUCUCAGACGGCACGUGGACAGACUCACGACCAUGAUCACAUGGAUCAUGAUCACCAUGUUGAUAACCAUGACCAUAAACCUACUAGUGACCUUGACCCUGGAAUUGGGUCAAUAGGGGAGGGUGUGACCAAUCAGAGUGAGGUUUACAAAAUACAGUUUGGAUACUUUCUUGACAAACUGUUUGAGAAGUAUGGAGAUGGCCAUAAAAUGUCUAAGCGAGGUUUGGAACAUCUGUUAUUCCACCUUGGUCUGGGUGGUAAAAUAGUUCUUGGAAAUGAAAAUCAUAGUCUUGAUCAUUCCCAUGAAUAUAAUGUGGAACAACACGAGUCUGAGCAUGCCGAUGCUCACGAUAAGAAAAACAUUCCAGAAAGUCAUGGAAGCCAUGGAGAAGAUAAUGGUGCUCAUUUACAUGAACAUGAUGGUCAUGAUACCCAUGAACAUGAUCAUAAUCAUGACAACGAUCUUAUUAACCAUGAACAUCAAAUGGGCCUGCCGGAAAAUUUGAAACAUUCUGAUGAACAUUCUAGUCAUGAGAAGUCACUUGGAGAAGAGACUGGUGCUUUAUUAGAUAAAAGUGUGCCAUUAAAUACACAGCCUAAUAUCACUUCCAGAAAUCCAUCUCAAGAAUCCCUUCAUAAAGGUGAUGACUCUCAUGAACAUCAUGAUCACAGUGACACAGGACAUGAACAUACUAACAAUGAACAUGUAGAACAUACAGAUCACGAGCAUACAGAUCAUGAAGACACCGAUCAUGCACAUACAGAUCAUGAACAUGAAGACACCGAUCAUGCACAUACAGAUCAUGAACAUGAAGACACAGAUCAUGCACAUACAGAUCAUGAACAUGAAGACACCGAUCAUGUACAUACAGAUCAUGAACAUGAAGACACCGAUCAUGCACAUACAGAUCAUGAAUAUAAAGACACAGAUCAUGCACAUACAGAUCAUGAACAUGCCAAUGGCAAUGUCACCCACAAUGAUGAUAGUGAGGAGUACAAACUAAGUGAUAAAGAUUUAGCUUCCAAGCAGAAUGAAGAAUCGCACAAAGGAAAACGAAGUGUUUCACUUGAUCAGCAGUGUUUUGAUACGGACACGAUGCUACGUCUUGUGAACACUGGCGUCACGGAUGACAUGAUCAGCAAGGAUGCAUUCCGGGACUUGUGUCCAGUGCUUGUGUACCAAAUAGAUGCGGACACAUGCCACAAUCUCCACAACAAUCUAGAUCACCAGCAUCAUAGCCACCACCAUGAACAUGAAACAGGGGAGGUAACUUCUGGGGGAGGAAUAGAGGGAGUGACAGCGAAAGUUUGGGGAUUUAGCUGUAUUGCAGUGGUGAUAAUAUCACUGGUUGGGUUGCUUGGCGUUGCUGUGAUACCUAUAAUGCAGAAAGUCUUCUACAACCACAUGCUGCAGUUUCUGGUUGCCCUAGCAGUGGGGGCACUGGCUGGCGACGCCCUUCUUCAUCUUUUGCCACAUGCCAUUGCUGGAGGUCAUGGAGGGGAGGGAGAGUCUGAUCAUGGCCACUCCCAUGGUGAGGAUUCACACGCCCAUGACCUUGGCCCCAUCUAUAAGGGACUUGGUGCACUAAUGGGUAUCUACUUCUUCUUCGUCAUAGAGAGGAUUCUUACCAUCAUAACGGAGAUGAAGAGGAAGAGGAAGAAGCUGAAGAACAGGAAGAAUAACACGAAGGAGAGGGAAGACUCGGAUCAUGUGGGAGAGCGGCUUGCUCAGGCGGACAUGUGUGACGAAAUGUUGAUGAGUAUUCACCCUAACAAAGAUGGCGAAGCAGAAAUCAUUGUUAUGAACAAGUCAGCAUUGCAGGGCUAUGCAGCGGAGGCCCACAGCGAACAUUGCGCAAUAAGCUUCGGCAACUCCAAAGCGCUUAACCACCAACAUGGCUGUCAUGAUGCUGAGACUGCGAUUGAUGGCGAGGAGAAUGACACGAUGAUCUCGCACAAUAACAGCGCAAGCCAUGGACAUGGUCACGGUCACGGACACUCGCACUGUGCUGAUGGAGUACCAAACUCCGUGUCUGCCGUGGCGUGGAUGGUGAUACUUGGUGAUGGAAUCCACAACUUCAGCGAUGGGCUGGCCAUCGGAGCGGCAUUUGCCAACAGCAUAACCGGAGGAUUCAGCACUUCCAUUGCUGUGUUCUGUCAUGAGCUGCCGCACGAAAUAGGAGACUUUGCCAUGCUGUUGAGGGCAGGAAUGUCACCGAAACAGGCCAUAUUCUACAACUGUGUCUCGUCCAUUCUCUGUUUCGUUGGCAUGGUGAUCGGGGUUGCCAUUGGUAACAUUGAGGGUGCGAGUCUGUGGAUCUUCACCAUUGUUGCGGGAAUGUUCCUUUACAUUGCCCUUGUUGAUAUGUUACCAGAGAUGUCUUCAGUGGAAACAAAGAAGGGAGAGAAUCCAUUCUGUCACCUUCUGCUGCAGUUUAUUGGCAUGAUGAUUGGAGGCGGAAUCAUGUUCUUAAUAGCUAUCUUCGAGGGAGAUCUCCAAACCAUCCUCGAUUAAGAUAUAAAUUGUUUUAACUUUGAUCAUACUUCUAGAGAAAAUCUGAAAAAAUAAGUUUUAACUAUGACUUAAUCCAAGAAAAAAAGAUUUAUGUCUCAUUUAUUAAGAUUGCUUUUUACAAGAUCAAGUGUUCUUGGAAUAUAAUGCAUGAUUUUUUAAGUGGUUGGAAUGACCAAUGGUUACCAUUUCAUCACUCAUCCUAGGAACUAAUGUCUCUGGUGUGGGCAACUGUUGAAAACCUUUCCCAGGUAGGAAUAUUGAUGAAAUAGCCCCCAGAUGUCUGAAUAUUACCAUUUAUCACAGCAAUUAUCAGAAAGUCCAAGAAUUUUUUUUUAUCUUUUUUUUACUCAGAAUUUUUACAAACAUUCCAGAAAUGUCUCAAAAUCAUGUUUUGCAAUGCAAUGUGAGAGUGGGCCGCUGGGCUGAGAAUUGAGCACUUGUAAAGUGAAUUAUAUCGUCUUUUUUCUUUAUUGUCACUUGCAUAUAUAUGUAUUGCUUUAUUUAGUAACCUUUUGAAGGAUUCGGUUUGUAGAAAAAAUUGAAAUAGUAAGUUUUGCAUAAUAUCAGUAUGAGGAUUUUUGAGAUUAUUGCUCAAACCGCUUUUUUUUUUUGUUUAAUGUUUGUUCCGUUUUGUUUUUGUGAAAUGCAAAUAAGAAAUGAAAUACUACCAUUGAUAUACAUAUAUAUGUAAAAAGAUAUUUUUGUUUUAAAGUUGCUCUCUCACAGAUUUACUGUUUUUUCUUUUUUCUCUCGAAAUUAGCAAAUUUUUGCGUAAAUAUCUGCACACCAGUAAUUUAAGACUGCUGACAAAAGAUCAGAUCGCAGAUUUUCAUAUUUCCAUUUCAAAAGUAAUGUUUUAUGGCUUAAAUCAUUACUAACCUUUUAGGAAAAAAGACCUCAUUUUUUGAACUUCAAUAAAAAAAAUCUGCGACAUAAUUGUUUGUCAGCAGUCAUAUAUGACUGGUUUACAUGCAUUUUCGCAUGAAUUGGCUCGUUCCAAGACGAAAAAUAAAAAAGUUGUCAAAAUGUUCAAUCUGUGAGAGUGCAGCUUUAAGCAUGGCAAUACAAACACUAUUGUUGCCUGCUGUUUGAUUUUGGGAAUUUGUUUUAAAAUGGGCCAGUAGUUAAAUUAACACAAGCCCGCAAGCCCUGCAUUGUAAAAUGUCAUCCGGGCUUGCUAAAAUUCUGAAUGGCUUGUUCAAAAAUUUGAUGCCAAGCAAUAGUAUUACAAUUCGGGCUUGUAAGAUCAGAUGUCUAAUUUUCAGUGACUGAUGGAGUCAAAAUGAAUUCAUAUUGAUAUCUCCACAAGGGCCUUAACAUGUCAAAAACUUUGUUUCUAUUUUCAGUUUUCUUCCUAAUAAGCUUUAUUUGAAUAUUCCAAGAAGUUGAAGUGUUCUAACUAUAGAUCGCUUAUAUCUAUGAAAUCCAAUUUAUUUGUUAUGUGUUUAGUAUAGAGAUUGUGUAGGUUUCAUGUAAUGAAACAGCAUUCUGAACUACAACUGCAACAAGGUUUUAAUAACAAUAUCAGACAAGCUUCUAUUACUUUAAGAUUUAGUUAACAAUUUGAAUUAUUAUUAUUUUUUAUCAACAUCUAUUUUUUUUGUUUUCAAAAUAUUUAGAUCAUGUUUUUUUUUCUUCUACUCCUUGAAAAGAAACAAAGUCAAAGUAUUGUGAUAUUCAUGUGUCAUUGUUGUCAAUGCUGUCGUGCAAAACCUUUACUCUUUGCCAUAUCUGUAAAAAUGCUAAGAUAUUUGCAUACCGCUUGUAUCAUUAGUAUAUUACUGUUAAUAAGUGCUGCUAGAAACAAUAUGCACAUGUGUAUCACAGCCUAUAACUCUAUUGCUUUAAAAGGUGUUAAAUUACGCCCCUUUUUGACAAAAAGAGAAUCAGAUGAGUAUUCGCGUUGGCUUCUCAAUCCUCAUGCUAGUGACCACCAUUUAUACCAUGCUAGGGAUUGUUGAACAAUCAUGCAUAUGUAGUGAACAAAUAGUUUACUUUUAUGUUGUUUGCUGUUGUUGUAGUUAAGUGUAGCAGUAUCGUAAUCAAUUUAUGUUUAUUAUGUAUGUACACGAAUGCAAUUUCAUUUGUUAAGUUUGCAACUGUAUUGCAACAUCAAUAUGCCCUUAUCACACAAAGGAUUUAGGUGAUCCUCCCAUUUUUGAGUAGUACUAUUUGUAGUAUCAUUGAAUAAGAUGCCUGGUGUAGCGACCAGGUUCUAUGAUGGAUUAAUUGUAUGUUUAUCAGAAAGAUACAUUUUUCUUACAUGCUCAGUAGAUCAUAGUGAAACGAUGUUGUAAUCCAUUGAUUUUGGUUUUAAAUAUUAUUUUGUCUAAGGCACUCAUACAUAUUUUUUCAGUGCACUAUUUUGGUUCUGGCUUUUAAGAUACUUAAAUAAACAUAUUUUAGAGAAGUAUGUAUCCCAUUCUUCAAUUUGGUUUAUUGUCCUCAUACAAAUUUUAGUUAGGCGUCAGAUUUAUAUUUCAUAAGAGGUUUGAAUCAUUUAUUUUUUUUGGUCUAUUUUCUGUGCUUAAUUCAUUGUUAAGUUUUAUCACUUUUUCAUCACACAAUUUUCUUAAUCCAUAAUUCUCCCAUCAUCUGUAUACAAUAUUACCCUAUAUUUCCUUAUAGAUGUACAUACCCUAAUAGAUGCACUCGUUUUUCUAUGGGUAUUUUAUUUGAUUCAGGAACUUGACCAAUGCCUUAUAAGACAGCCAAGUUACCAUGUGUAGUUCUUUUCAUGCCUCACUUGCCAGAAAUACAAUUUCUGUGGUUGUUUUAAGACACGUAUUCAUGUAACUUUGAUUUAUGUUAACAAAAUAUUCCUUUUGUUCACUUGCCUGAAAUCAAAUUUCUGUGCAUCUAUUUAGACAUGUACGGUAUAUUAACAUUGAUAUAAGUUAACAACGUUUUUUUUUGCUCUGUUUAAUGUGUAUAAUUCCCCUAGAUACUGCUCAUGAAACUUACAUUGCCAUUGAAAUAGAUCUGUAUCCUAAAAUGCCUCUUUAGUACAUUUGGAUCGUUUAAUUUACCUUUUGCGUUUAAUUUACCUUUUUGCGGUAAAUUUCUAUCAAACAACUUAGACAGAAUCAUGUAUAGCUUUUCUUUGUUUAAUGUUUUCGAAAUGUGUGCUUUAUUAGUUAUGAUUGUACAUGGACAAUUAUAGUUGCAAUAAAGAUUACAUCAGG